UUAACUUUUGCGAAAUAUUAUUUUACAGAUUCAGUGAUAAGCUUGAAUUUCAUCGUUAAUUGACAGAACCACGAGCGACAUUAUUGUGAAUAUCUUUAAUAGAAACAAGCCAAUCAGACGCAAGAGAAAAAUAAGAGGGAAUUAAAUGUCAGCGGGUUGCGUAGGUCAGACGAUGCCAGUACUGACGACUCGGGACAUCCAUACGCGUUUUAAGCAAAACUGGCUGGCUAGAAAUCCACCAAAAACUUCUAAUAAAUCAUCAGCCAUGACAAUGAGUGACGAUUCAAACGAUUCUACCUCGAGCUCCCUAGACGACAGUCUAACGAGUCUGAAUUGGCUACAGAACUUACGAAUCAUGAAGAUACGUCCCACUCCACCUGGAAGCCCAACACCGCUGUCGUCAAUAAACGCGAAUGGCACGCAAAAACUGACAGGAAACGUACUAAGAAUCGUCGGACAGAAAGCAACCACAGCAGAAGAAGUCAAGGCACAAGAACGACUCCACCCACAACACACUAUUUCACUAGAAAAUGUGGAUUACAAAAGUAACCCGUAUGUAAAACCCCCCUACUCAUAUGCAACUUUAAUAUGGAUGGCGAUGAAAGAAACGAAAAAGAACAAAAUAACUCUAUCCUCAAUCUAUAAAUGGAUAACAGAUAAUUUUAAGUUCUACCAAGUCGCUGAUCCAAGUUGGCAGAACUCUAUACGUCACAACCUAUCACUCAACAAGUGUUUCGUCAAAGUGCCUCGGCGAAAGGACGAACCAGGAAAAGGAGGUUUUUGGAAAAUUGACCCCUCUCACGCUGACCUCUUAGAGAGCGGAGUGUUCAAGAAGAGAAGGAAUACUUUUAGUGACAGUGGGAUAUAUGAUACCGUAAAACGAAUCAAAAUCGAACCGGGUCUGGAAAAUACGCACAACUACUGCAAGCACAACAGAAAACAAGGUUGUCCCAAACGAAGAAAUACGGAUGAAGGGUAUACAAAUAAGAGACCAUUUUUGAUCAAUAUAAAAACCGAACCAUUAUCCGAUUCCGAGGACAUCCUAGCAAGCGGUGGGCUGAAAGGAGACUUUAGCUGGAAGACGUUAUUCGAUUCUGAGAUAAAUGUUGACGGAGAGUGCAUUAAAACAGAUGAGAUACUCAGCAGCCGUAUGGACAGGGCAGGGUCGCCAAUUGAACUAGAGAUUGACACCCCACCGUCAUCACUUGCAGACAUUGAUGAAUUUGACGCAAAUGAUGAUAUUUCUGCCUUAGAUCUCUCAAUAAAGGGUACAGGAAUCCCGAAACCAAACUGGUUUGCUGAAACUAUUUCAGAAACAGAACUCAAUAAGCUCGAAGAGACGUUGGAAGAUUUAUUGGACGUCGAAUUAUCAUUUUCCAGGAAUUCUUUAACAGGCCAAGAGCCGCAUCCUUGGGCUGAGAGUCGCGUUGUAAAUGAAGAUCCAUUUUUAUCAUUUGAAGACCUCACAAACACAAUCACGCCUUUCGGUGAUGACUUAUAAUUGAAUAUAAUUCCUUUAAGAAUCAUUUAUUGUGCAUUACGUCAAAAAAUUAUUCUGAUAUUAAUUACGAAACUAUUAAUGUUUUGAUACCUCACUGCUGGCGUUACAUUUUAUACGAAAAAUAAUCAAGUAAUUUCAUUCGAUAAAACAUUACGGAACACGUAUUUAUAUAGGGAAAUCAAUUUUUCAUUUGAUAUAAAGCUGUCGAUAUUCAUGAAGUUAUAAAUUAAUAUAAAAAUUGCGCAAUUCAAUUUACGUGUUUAACUAAAUAAUACAAUUUCCAUCCAGAUGUUUAACAACUUAUAUAUCUUCCUCAUUAUGACGUCAUGAUUUGCAAGAAACAAUUAUGUACUCUAAUAUUCUAUGUCUAUUUUUUCAAGAAAUAAAUUAUGAGUUAUUCUUUUUAUAUACCGAUAUACACAUAUAUCAUGUUAAAUAAUUGUUGUGUGUAUGGAUUUGAUUCGUGGUGUGUUUGUGUGCCGUCUAUAAUGUAUACUAUUAUAAGAGUGAGAAAUCAUGCCAUUUAUAAUUAUUUACGACACUUUGUAAUCACUGAUAGAAAAAAAAAGAUUAUGUUUAUUAUGGCAAUAAGAAGAAACGCAGGCGUUUAGUCCGUCCAUAGUUAGUUCCAAUGAUUGUUAUAUAGUUUCGACAGGUGAUCUGUUCGUGUUUAUAUGUAUUAUACACAUAUUUUAUUACUCUGUAAAUAACUCUACUUGCGGUAUUGAAUAAAAUCAUGUAUUUCUGCCAAUGAA